GACAUGAAGUACUUGGACUCGCCCCUUUCAGAGAAAGGCCUUUCUGAGGCUAAAGAGAUGCGCGCGAAAGCCCCGCAGGUGGACAUUGUAGUCGCAUCACCUCUGACGAGGGCAUUGCAGACCGCGACAGCAGUUUUUGGUUGCGACUCCGGUGGUCCGCCGUUGCAGGCCUUGGAGGAGCUCCGAGAGUUCUGCGGAAAGCAGUUCCAGCCCUGUGAUUCGCGACGCGCGCCGGAGGAGCUGCGGAGCGUGUUCCCUCAUGUGGACUUUACUAAUGUACCUCCAGGUGCAGAUACUCUUCUGGGACCUGAUAAGGUAGAGAGUACAGAGAGCGUUGAUGAGCGCAUUCAAAGGUUCUUCGAGUGGCUUCGUAAUCAAGAGCAACAAAACAUUGGAUGUGUUGCGCAUUUCCAGAUUUUGACUCGCAUCUUUGAAAACCUUGAAGCAGCGGGCUUGGACUGCUCAGCGUAUGGGGACUUCAAAAACUUGGAGGUCAGAUCCAUUCCAAUUACUUUCGAUUAAUUUUACUGGCAAUAAA